AUGUCAGUAAUUAAUAAUGUAAGUAACAGUAGUACUCUUCAAGAAGAUUUAAAUAAGUUAUUAGACUGGUCAAAUAAGUGGUCAAUUAAAUUCAAUAGAGAAAAGUGUAAAACAAUGCACAUUGGUAAUUUGAAUCCUCAGUUUAGUUACAAAUUAGGAGAUCAUAUUUUGCAAAAAGAAGUUGAAAGAGAUUUAGGUGUAAUAUUAUCAAAUGACCUCAAAUGGGAAAAUCAUAUUAUCAGUGUAGCAAAUAAGGCAAAUAGAACACUGGGUUUUUUAAAACAUGGAUUUAAAUAUCUUGAUGUUACUAUUUUGAAGCUGUUAUACAAGUCAACUAUUAGGCCACAGCUUGAAUAUGCAGCAUCUGUAUGGAGCCCAUAUAGUAUUAAAGACAUUAAGAGACUCGAAAAGGUACAGCGUAGAUCGACUAGGAUUGAAUCACUGAAAGGCAUCUGCUAUGAAGAAAGGAAAAAAAAUAUUAGGUUUAUCAUCCUUACAAGAAUAGAGAAGAAGGGGCGAUUUAAUAGAAAUGUUUAA